AUUGUCAUCAGUCAGCGCUUCGCUUUCAAGCCAACCAAAGCUUCAACUCUAAAGAAAUCAAACCUUAAAUCCAAAAACUCACCAUGUUCAAAUACGCCGUUGUCAUAUGCGCCUUGAUUGCCUGUGUGGCCGGAAAGCCUGGAUUGCUUCAUACUCCCUUGGCCGCCGUUCCUGCUCCCGUGAUUGCUGCUCCGGCUCCGGUUGUCACUGCUGCCAGUAGCCAGGUGGUGGCUAGGACCUUCAAUGGCAUCGCCGCAGCUCCCAUCGUUGCUCCCGUUCCUGUGGCUCCAGUUCCAGCUCCCAUUGUGAGGACCGUGGCUCCCGUUCCCGUGGCUCCUGCUCCAGUUCUGAGGACUCUGGCUGCUCCGCUGGCGGCUCCUCUGGCUGCUCCUUUGGCUCCUCGUUUUGCUGCUCCAUUCGCUGCUCCUCUGGCUGCUCCACUGGCUGCUCCUCUGGCUGCUCCCUUAGCUCCUCGUUUUGCUGCUCCUCUGGCUGCCCCUCUGGCUGCUCCUCUGGCUGCCCCUCUGGCUGCUCCUCUUGCUGCUCUGCCUGCUCCCAUCAUUAAAACAGUGGCUCCCGUCGCUGCUCCCAUCCUGGCCAAAUACUCAGCUCCUUUGGCCUAUGCCCCCGCACCUUUGGGAUAUGCUGCUCCAGCUUUGUGGUAAAAAAGAUAUAUUAUAUCCCGAACCCAAGGAUUAAGCUACCUUCGUAUGUUCAAUGACUGAUAGACCUUAAUAAAAAUCGUUUAAAUGACAAAAAA